AUUUUCAUAGUUAGCUACCUAUGUCAUGCUGUUAUGAUCACUGAUCGAACGUGUGUUCUUAACCUCUACUUGAGUUCAUUUAGAGAACUUAAUUACUACUAUUAAUUAUGUCUGUAUAUCACGAUGAAGUAGAAAUUGAAGACUUUGAAUAUGACGAGGAUGAAGAAGUAUAUUAUUAUCCAUGUCCUUGUGGGGAUCAGUUCCAAAUAUCUAAGGCAGAGUUAGCUGCUGGAGUGGAAGAAGCCACAUGUCCUUCCUGCUCUCUUGUAAUUAAAGUAAUUUACGAUAAAGAGGCGUUUGCUGCUAAACAGGAAGAACUUAUUAGGGAAGAGGAGAAACAGCUCGUGAUUCAAAAGGUUUGAUUAUAAAUUUAGAGUAUUUUAUAAAAUAUUAAUACUCUGUAUUUCUCAUUUGAACCGAGCAAUGGCCAAAAUAAUUAAGGAUAUAUUUAUAAUUACCAGUUAAUUUAAAACAAAUGUUGCCUUCAAUAUUCUACUCUAUUGUUAUUGUUAAAAGCCAGAAUAUAGUACGUAACACAAUUAUAGAUUUUGACAAAUAAAAAAAGAUAACCUUUUAUGUCAAUUAAAACACAAGUUAGAUUUUACUAAAAAAGAAGCAUUAUCAUAAUCAGCAUUAUCUUACAACCUUUAUCAAAAUAUUUUUCUUUGAAAUACAAACCAUCAUCCUUAAAUGUUAUUCCAAAAAUGAAUUAUCAGCUAAAAUUAAAGAGAAGAUAUGCAAAAUACAUACGAAUAUCACUUAACAAUGCAUUGCUUUCUGUAAAUAAAAAAGAUAUUGAAUUUAUUCAAAUGAGUUUCAAGAUCUGAUUAUUGAUAGAAAUGACAAUAUUGGUAAAAUUGGAGUUUUGAUUGCAAAAUUAAAAACUGAGUUUCAAGAUUUGAUUAUUGAUAGAAAUGACAAUAUUGGUAAAAUUGGAGUUUUGAUUGCAAAAUUAAAAAAAGUAAGAAUUUGAGAAGACAAAAAAAACCAAAAGAACAACGUUACAUGGACAAAAGAAGUGCGAUGAAAGGAAGGAAGAAGGAAGUAAAAGAGAAGAUUAACGACGAAGAACCAGAACUAGAUAAAGAACUAAAGAGGAAAUGAACUGAUUAUAUGAAUCAUUAUCGAUAAUAGAGAAGGGUACUGUGAUGAAGACGAUAAUUUAGACGAUGGACCUAUUUAUUAAGAUAGCUUUUAUAAGAAUCGAAAAUUUCUCUCUGUUUUCAAUUAUUGGACUAGAAUACUUACAAGCUGCUAAUUGAGCACUGUACGGCAAUGUAUAUACGUCUUUUACCAAAUUGUGUAUAUAGACAAUAAAUUAUUUUGGAAUGCUUAAAUAACGGCAAGAUCUUAUGCGUUCGCGCGUAUUCCACAUCUCUUGGUAAUUAUAUUUUUUAAAGGAAUUAAUGUCGAAGGUUUGAUGUGUUAAAGAAAAAGGGAAAUCAAUUUUCUAGAACACAAUUAAAACAGUCCAGGGUCACAGGAAGCGUCGGCGUGUUCUUUAUUACGAGUAUUUCAAUUUCUAAUAUAUAAUAUAUAUAUUUAUACAUAUAUAUAUGUACAUAUAAUAAUGUAUACAUAUAUACAUGUAUAUAUAGCCAUAAUAAUCUGCAAUUUUAUUGUAAUAAAUAAUCUUCCUCUACGAUGCAAUCGGAGAGUAAAAACGCAAUUUUGGACGAGAAGGGGAUGCGCAAAUGUACCGUAGUGUUACGUAAUGCUUAACAUUUACGAUCGCCGUGAUAAGUUGUUCCUCCAUAAACAACCCACCUUAAGUAAAUCAUCCUCGCUUCCUCUAUUUUGCUUUCAUUCGCAGACAACAAAUUUUUACAUAGAUCAUUGUCGGUCCCGGAAUGUGCACAUUGAGCGCGGGAAGGGAAUAUAGAGAAAAGAAAAAAAAAAAAAAGAAGAAGACGGUCAGUGAUCGCGAAAGAAGAAGUCGCUGUCCUGAAAUUUCCAGCCGCUCGUUAUUAUGUUUUUUUUUUUUUUAUUAAAUUACGUACGAUAUUGAAAUACGAGAUAUCGGAAUAUUGUUGCCCCUAAAUUUCGGAAUCGGGAUCAGAUGUAUAGCGAUCGAAUCGUUUGCAAUAACGUGGCAAAAAUGAGAAAAUAUUACGUUUGUAUAUUUAGUUUAAUUAGAACUAAACUUUACAUUUAGUAUAUUUAGUAUAUUUAGUGUUACCUGGCAGUAAAAGUCGAAGUUAAAAAUUCCGCGUAUGACUUGAAAAAUCUCUCUUGAUUAUUUCCUUGAAAUAUCCCCUUUGAACUGUCUUUCGCACGUUUGACGGUGUAGAUGAAAUAACGGGAAUGUUACAUUAUAGCAAACGAUUCGGAUCCAACGGUUUCGUCGAUAUAACGAUUGUUUACGUAUUGAUCGAAGAAACGCGUACAUAGACUUUUGUAUGACAAAAUAUAAACGAAGAACCCGCAUAAUUCUCUGUCACCGUCGAUCACGAUCGUUCAGCUUUGCCAUACUACAUUCGAUUUCCCUUACUGUCUCUUACUGUCGAUCUGUUUUGUAAAAUACGAGAAAUCUCGUCGUGUCUCGUUCCUCUGUUAUAAAUAAACCGCUUAACGAUUUAUAUUCUUUUUAAACCAGAAGAAAAAGCAAGAAAAAGAUAUACCGUUUCCAAUUCGAGAUUAUUAAAAAAGUAGGAAAUUCAAAAAUCGAUCCAAUCAGCACCAGAUAAUCACUCGCUCUAUUCGUUGUAUCAUCAAAGUAUACACGUCGUCGUUAUUUCUACAACAAUUGAUUCUCUUAUUCUGACAAAACAGCUUUCUCACUUUGGCUUAUCCGUUCAACUCUCUUCGUUUCAUCACCAUCGUUGUUCUAACAUCAUCUUCCUAUUUUUUUCCCCACCGCGCAUUGUUCUUUUAAUAAUAUACUAUAUAAUGUAUAUAGAUAUAUUUAUAUGUGUUUAGCACGACCUAUCUAUGUAUAAGUAGGCAUAAAGACUGAGGUGAGGAUACAGGCGAAACCCCGAACAGUAAUUACUCACGUAUUACGUUACAUCCUUUUGAUUUCCUACCUACUUCUUUUGAAAGAAAAUGAUAUUCUCGCGAUAGUAGUUCUUGCCAUCAGAGUUUCUACCUAGUCAAUCUUUUCUGAAUCGUAAAAAAAUGUCUCCUAAAGUAUUAUCGUAGAAGACUACGCUUUUUUUUUUAUUUCCGUGUACUAUCGGUUUGUUCCUUUGAAUCUUGAAUCGUUGGACACGCAAAAAAAGGUACGCGUGUCGCCAGAACGUGGCCAGCACGUUCACGGAAAUUUGUCGUCUCUCUUAAGGCCCGUUCAUCAAUGGUUUUGCAAUUUCUUCACCGCGCAACAAUUCGUCUACAUGCAUAUCUGCGAAAAGAAAGGCUUGGAACGACGAGGAGGGAAGCAUUGAUUCGAUAGUUAUAGG